AGCGGCAGUCAGGCAGGCAGGAUCAGGUUUCACAUCCUGAUCCUGUCUGGCUUGGGACCGAGAGCCUUCGCUCACCCUGAGGGGCGCAGGGAGAAAAGUCCGGGAGUGCGGCCUGAGUGGAGAGAUGGCGGCGGAAAACUCAGAUUGGGUAGAAAUUAUUGAGCCCCGUUCUAGGGAGCGGAUGUACGUCAAUUUGACAACUGGAGAGUGUGGUUGGGAUCCACCACCUAAUCUCAGAGUUCGACAGUCUGAUGAAAACCAGUGGUGGGAACUCUUUGAUCAAAACAACAAUCGUUUCUAUUAUUACAAUGCCAUCACUCAGCAGACUGUGUGGCACAGGCCUCAGGGUUGUGACAUUGUGCCACUAGCUCAGCUCCAAGCCAUGAAACGUAAUUCCCAGUCUGAUUUCAGGACAUCACAGCACAGGAACAGUACAAGUAGUGAGGGGCGAAAUACUCCUAUCCAAAUAACUCUUCUACAGGAUAUGGAGAAGAGUAAAGACAACAACAGUCUCGAGAAGAGGCCAGAAACUGAAAGAGAUACCAUUACUGGUUGGCAGCCUUUGCCAGGGACUAAAGCAGCCAUGCUGGUUAAAGUUAAUAGCCUAAGACAAGUAAAUUCUUCCUCAAGCAAUUCCUUUCAGAUGCAAAACAAUUCAGAAAUCAGCAGCCAGGAAUCAAUGAAUCCCAAAGCAGUUGUAUAUGCCCAGUCUCAGCCUAUGGUCCCAAACUCAUUAACUCCAAAAUCAACAGCUCCAGUAGAGAUUAAGCGUUCAAUGAAAAUUAAAAAGACAGAGAACGGAGGAUUUUGUCUGGUACUAACUAAUGGGUAUACUCCUCAGCCUCCCUCAGGAAAUCAGUUACAAAAAUUGCCUGCAUCUCCCAAAUGUGCUUCUCCACCUCCAAUAUAUGAUGAACCAUCAAUUGACUCCCCAAUUUAUGAUGAGCCUCCUGCAGAUAUGGACUUUAGAAUUACAAAUAUGAAUGGGACAACUCCACAGUUGUCUCCAAGCAAUAGCUUAAAUAAGAAGCUGCAACCAAUUAAAUUAUUACAGCCUCCAAGUAUACAGCAACACCAGGGUGGAAAAAAGCAUUCAAGAAACCCUUCUGCAACAGAAUACAGCCCUGUAGGAAAAGAAUAUAUUAAACACAUGGUCAACAUUGAACAGUCAUCAAAAAAACCUCAUUCUACCACUUUAAUAGUUGAGGGCAUUGAUAAAUCCCAGGUGGGUCAGCUUAGCUCUAGGGAGAGCUUCAAGCAGUCAUGGAAAGUCGUAGAAGCUAAUGUUCUUAAAAAUAUGGAAGUCCAUAAUCGCCUGCAGAGCAGUGUUCAGACUCAAGAAUAUCCUACAGUGAUAAGUCAGCAAGACUCUGGCUAUUCGACAGGUCCUUCUCCAAGUUUAAGAAAGAGAAAAGGAAGACGACAUGUUCCAGGCCUAGGAAGACCUUGUUCUGUAGGCAGCAACAGUGAACUUACUGUGCUGAAUGACAAGCUUAUUGCAGAGAUGCGUGCAGUGGUAAAUAGAUCUGCUGCCUGCAGAGGGAGCAAAGGUAGUUUAGAUGCAGAAAUGCUAGACAACACAAGUAUUCUAGAGGGUAAUAAAAUUACGUUUCAAUCAGAAUACUUUAAAAAGUGUAAUAGCAGGAACUCAAGAGAUGAUCUUACAUCUAGUAACAGGUCAUUAUAUAGGCCUACAAUGGAGGGUAAAGGCCUCUCAAAUGAUCCAGCAAUACAGCAAGAUGUGGUGAGACAGAAGAGAACUUAUGAAAAAAUAGAUUCCUUAGAAAAGAAUGUGUCCGGCCUGAUAAACCCAUCAUCAUCAGACACAACACAAUUAUCAACACAGUGCGGAACAAUAGGGUCUCAUUCUCAAGAAGAGAAUAAUGUUCAAUCUGGAACCAACAUCGGAUAUCAGUUUCCCUUCCACACCAUACGAAAGCCCAUCUCCCAAAGCAGCAUGUCUGACUGGGCUUCCAAAAAUCUUAAUAUGCAUACUCAGGGCAUCUUCCGUCGGAGGCUCUCCAUUGCCAACAUGUUAUCUUGGAAUGGUGGCUCCAUCAAAAAGCCAAUGCUUAUCACCAGUAACUUCACCAUCAAAAAGGAAGCCUGUGAAAUAUUUAAACUGAUACAAAUCUACAUGGGUGAUCGGCAAGCCAGAAUGGACCGCAAUAAUGUGGCUUUGAUAACCAUCACCAAAUGCUGGAGUAUUCAAGGUUUACGGGAUGAGCUGUACAUUCAACUAAUCAGACAAACAACAGACAAUAUGUGCUACCAAAGUCUGGCAUGGGGCUGGGAACUUAUGGCAAUUAGUCUGGCCUUUUUCUCCCCAUCACCCAAAUUCCAAUCUUACCUGGAAGGCUACAUUUAUCGUCACCUCAGCCAAAUCGCAGAUGAAAAUAUUACCCAACGCAUUAAGGAACUUCUGGAUCUGAAAAACAAAAAGAACUCAAAAUCCAGGAAAAAGAGAAAACAAAGCACAGAGGAUGAAGGUCUACCAAUCAGCACUUAUGCCAGGUAUUGUUACCGAAAGCUGCAGAAAGUAGCAAUCACUGGAGGCAAAAAAAAUUCCUGGUGAUAUUGAUGAAGUCAAUGCUUUAAAACUACAGGUGGACCAGUGGAAGAUUCCUACCAACCUUAGUGAUCCCAAUAUACCAGCUUCUUUGCUAAAGCUGUGGUACCGGGAGUUGGAAGAGCCUGUCAUCCCACAACAAUUCUACAAGGAAUGUGUCAGCAACUAUGAGAAUCCUGAUGCUGCAGUGGCUGUAGUUGAACUUCUGCCAGAGCUCAAUAAAAUGGUCUUGUGUUACCUCAUCCACUUUUUACAGAUUUUUGCCCAGCCAAUCAAUGUAGGCAAAACCAAGAUGGAUGUAAACAACUUGGCUAUGGUGAUGGCUCCAAACUGCCUGCGAUGCCAGUCUGAUGACCCCAGAAUCAUCUUUGAAAAUACCCGCAAAGAGAUGUCUUUUUUGCGCAUGCUGAUUGUGCAUUUGGACACCAGUUUUAUCAAAGGAAUUAUGUGAAGGAUUGUUUUCUGGCAAGAUAGUGCAAAAAGAGCAGUUAGUUGGCUUCAGCAUUUCCUUUUUGGAGCCUCACAUUGUUUCCUCUAGAGUUUCCAAGGUCCCACAGUUCUUUGUGAUGCUUUCAUUUACUUAAUGCUGAUAGUAAGGUUGAUGAAUCUUCAAUAACCCCCAUAUGAUUCAAGUCAGUGACCAUACUAGAAAGACCCAAAGGUGCUUUUUCAAGCUGCAACUGAACUUUGUUGUUUUUUCCUUUGAAGACGUUUCGUUUCUCAGCU